AUGACGACUUCAACGGCUCCACAUCCUGCGAGCAAGCGCAACAAAAGCCAGACCAUUGUGCAGGGCCCGAGUCCGCAUCCAACGUCAGGUGCACCUCUCGAACCGAUCCCCAUGUCGAAACUGACGCACAGCACCGAACUCGACGAGUACACCGCAAGCAUGCGGAAUUACUUGGCCAAUGUCGACCAUCCUGGGCACAGCAGCCGCAACAGCGGGAGCGACACUGACUCUAGGCGGAGUAGUCUUCGGAGUGAGAGCGUCGACGGAAGCGAGAGAGAGAAAUCGCCCGAGUUCAGGUGGAUGGACCUUGCCAGUGUGAGGAGAGACCAUGGGAGCGUAAACCUCAGCUUUCCUAGCGUUGGAAAAGGAACUGAGAAUCGGGUGUCCAAAAGUACUGUAAAGUCCACCAGCCUCCAUCAUCAUCACCAGGUCGGAAAAGACCCACGGCAACAUCAGAGGGAUCAUCGAUCAUCAAGCCCCGGUGUCAAGGCGUUGCUGAGCAAGAGGCAUGCAACGCAGAAGGAAGCGAAAUCAGCCGAGAAAAACUAA